AUGUCAGUCCGAAACUCAGCCAAGAACAAGAAAUGGCAUGCGUCUACGGGAUCAUCGGGGAUUUCGUCUCCUGAACAGCGUUCGACAAGCAAGAAACGUCAAGCAUACGACGCGGCCAACGUCGGUUUGGAUGUAGUGGCCAACAUAUCCGAGGGAUCAGAUGUACUCGCUCCUCUAAAGGCAGCUUGUCGAACCACCAAGUCAAUUCUCGAAGUCGCAACAGAGAUCAAUCAAGAGGAAUGGAUUGAUCUAGCCGGACGUUUGAAGGAAUACAUGUCUGCGCUCGAGAAACAAAUCACCCUAUUGGAGGCAUAUCCUGAGGAAGACAUGGCUGUUGACGAGGCGUUUAGGCAGCCGCUCAUCAAUUAUGUCAAAUUUCUCGAAAAUAUGCACGAUACAAUUGUCGACCUGAAGGAGAAGCGCAACCGCAGCAAACUCAGCUUCUUUAAAGCGUUUAGCAAAAUGAAAAUUGACGCAGAAGAGAUUCUCAAACUCAAUCGAGACAUCGAGGACCGGCAUAGGCAGUUCAUGGAGGCUUUGAGUCUUUUUACAGCUUUGCGUAUUCAAAACGUCGAGAGGAAUAUCAAAGCCACCAAGACGAAUGUGGAGACCAUUCUUACAGGCGUCGACACCAAUGCUAUACUACAGCUACCGGUGGUAGCUUUCGUCGCAUCCUCAGUCCACAGAACCUGUCUGACAGGAACACGCGAAGCUGUUCUUCAGACUAUCUACCGCUGGGCCGACGAUGAUGCGUCGGACAAGCCGAUAUUUUGGCUGUGUGAUAUCGCCGGCUCCGGCAAGUCCACAGUCGCAAUGUCUGCAGCAGAGACUUGGAGGAAGGAAGGAGUGCUAGGAGGCCGGUUCUUCUUCUCCAUUGCAAGCAGUGAAGGAUCUACCACAGACAAGUUCUGCUCUACAAUAGCAAGAGACCUGGUCGACUACAUACCCAGGCUUGCGCCGCACGUCGCUGGAGCUGUGAAGCGGCACCCGUCAUUCAUGCGAAGCUCUCUCGAAGAGCAAUUCCAGAAGCUCGUCAUUGACCCAAUCCAUCAUAGUCAAGGACGUGUCAUUCUCGUCAUCGACGCUCUUGACGAAUGUAAAUCUGGAUUACAGCGAAGAGAGCUCGUCGAAAUGCUUUCUACAGCUGUUCGAGGAGCAAAGAACCUCAAGAUAUUCAUGACGAGUCGGCCAGACCCUGUGAUCCAAGCGGCCUUGGGGCCGCUUUCAAUCAAAUCCAAGUUGGAGGACCGCCUACACGACGCCUUUCAUCCCGAUAAUAUUGACGAUAUCGCAGUCUACAUACACAAAUCGCUCGACGGAGUACUAUCAGAGGACAAGAGGCUGAGGCUGGUUGCAAAGGCCAAUGGAUUAUUCAUUUGGGCGAGCACCGCAUGUCGAAUGCUCAAUAGCGAGACUACAUUAGACUUGCCCGAAAGCAUCUAUGAUCGUCUGGUCUCAGUAGACCAGACUGGAGAGAUAGACGACAUUUAUAAGCUCGUUUUCGAGCGUGUGGACCUGAGAUCCUACCCGGCUAUGUCCAACAUGUUGGCUUUGCUGCUUGCGGCAUUCGAGCCACUCAGUACCGAUGACUUGGACGACAUCUUCAAGAACCUUGGGCUAAAGUGGAGCUCCAGGGCACUGGUACAGAACCUAGGAAGUGUGCUCAGUGUAGACUCAAGUACAAACUUGAUCCAAUUCCGCCAUCCGACCCUCGUCGAAUACCUUCGACGGUGUUCCCUUGCCUCAGCUCCCGACAAACCCAAUGCGCUCCAUCUCGACGUGACCAAAGCGCAUGGUCAAGCCGCAUCAUGGUGUCUCAAACGUCUCAUGUCGCGGACUGAUGGUCUCAAGUUUAAUAUAUGUCAACUAGAGUCAUCUUUCCGCCUCAAUAGAGAUAUUCCAAAUCUUCCGACCAGGAUAUUGAGGCUUAUUCCGAAGGCACUUCGAUAUGCCAGCUCUCAUUGGUUGUUCCAUGUGGCGGAAACUGACGACACCUGGCGAUCCAUGGUCAAGAGGGAACUUGAACAAAUUAUUCAAGCUCCGCACGUGCUACACUGGAUGGAAGUCCUAAGCUUCACUGGGGGUGUGCCACGAGCAAUGGCUGGCCUUCGAGCAAUUACACGCCACACAGAGGCCGAAAUGUGGGAUAAAGCCAGCAUGGAUCAAAUUCGACGGUUUAUAAUGACAUUUUCGGUACCAAUCCAAGAGAGCGCCCCACAUAUAUACAUUUCGGCACUCCCAUUUACCCCUAAAAAGUCGAUAUUACAUAUUGAAGGUGCAAAAAGAUAUAGAAAUACUCUUCGUGUAACAGAAGGCCUCGAAGAGAUGUAUUCUGGGCUGCCAAGUAGUCUUCGAGGUCAUGAAUUUGGGGUCAACGCCGUCGGAUUCUCGCCAGACGGCUCACAGAUUGUGUCUGGCUCGCACGACAACACAAUUCGAUUGUGGGAUGCGGUAACUGGUCAGGCUGUGGGAGAGCCACUCCGAGGUCAUGAAGGACCGGUCAGCGCCGUCGGAUUCUCGCCAGACGGCUCACUGAUUGUGUCUGGCUCGUACGACAACACAAUUCGAUUGUGGGACGCGGCAACUGGUCUAGCUGUGGGAGAGCCACUCCGAGGUCAUGAAGGACGGGUCUGGGCCGUCGGAUUCUCACCAGACGGCUCACAGAUUGUGUCCGGCUCGGAGGACAACACAAUUCAAUUGUGGGACGCGGCAACUGGUCAGGCUUUGGGAGAGCCACUCCGAGGUCAUGAAGAUUGGGUCCUAGCCGUCGGAUUCUCGCCAGACGGCUCACAGAUUGUGUCUGGCUCGUACGACAACACAAUUCGAUUGUGGGACGCGGCAACUGGUCAGGCUGUGGGAGAGCCACUCCGAGGUCAUGAAUCCGAGGUCUGGGCCGUCGGAUUCUCGCCAGACGGCUCACAGAUUGUGUCUGGCUCGGGCGACAAGACAGUUCGAUUGUGGGACGCGGCAAUUGGUCAGACUGUAGGAGAGCCACUCCGAGGUCAUGAAGGUGGGGUCUUGGCCGUCGGAUUCUCGCCAGACGGCUCACUGAUUGUGUCUGGCUCUUCCGACAACAUAAUUCGAUUGUGGGACGUGGUAACUGGUCAGUUUGUGGGAGAGCCACUCCGAGGUCAUGAAGGACCGGUCAGCGCCGUCGGAUUCUCGCCAGACGGCUCACAGAUUGUGUCUGGCUCGUACGACAACACAAUUCGAUUGUGGGACGCGGCAACUGGUCAGGCUGUGGGAGAGCCACUCCGAGGUCAUGAAUCCGAGGUCUGGGCCGUCGGAUUCUCGCCAGACGGCUCACAGAUUGUGUCUGGCUCGGACGACAAGACAAUUCGAUUGUGGGACGCGGCAACUGGUCAGACUGUGGGAGAGCCACUCAGAGGUCAUGAAUCCAGGGUCAGCGCCGUCGGAUUCUUGCCAGACGGCUCACAGAUUGUGUCUGGCUCGCACGACAAGACAAUUCGAUUGUGGGACGCGGCAACUGGUCAGGCUGUGGGAGAGCCACUCCGAGGUCAUGAAGGACCGGUCCUGGCCGUCGGAUUGUCGCCAGACGGCUCACAGAUUGUGUCUGGCUCGGACGACAAGACAAUUCGAUUGUGGGACACGGCAACUGGUCAGGCUGUGGGAGAGCCACUCCGAGGUCAUGAAUCCGGGGUCUGGGCCGUCGGAUUCUUGCCAGACGGCUCACAAAUUGUGUCUGGCUCGCACGACAACACAAUUCGAUUGUGGGAUGUGGCAACUGGUCAGGCUGUGGGAGAGCCACUCCGAGGUCAUGAAGGACCGGUCAGCGCUGUCGGAUUCUCGCCAGACGGCUCACUGAUUGUGUCUGGCUCGUACGACAACACAAUUCGAUUGUGGGACGCGGCAACUGGUCAGGCUGUGGGAGAGCCACUCCGAGGUCAUGAAGGACCGGUCAGCGCUGUCGGAUUCUUGCCAGACGGCUCACUGAUUGUGUCUGGCUCGUACGACAACACAAUUCGAUUGUGGGACGCGGCAACUGGUCAGGCUGUGGGAGAGCCACUCCGAGGUCAUGAAUCCGGGGUCAGGGCCGUCGGAUUCUCGCCAGACGGCUCACAGAUUGUGUCUGGCUCUUCCGACAAGACAAUUCGAUUGUGGGAUGCGGCAACUGGUCAGGCUGUGGGAGAGCCACUCCGAGGUCAUGAAGGCGCAGUCAACACCAUCGGAUUCUCGCCAGACGGCCCACAGAUUGUUUCUGGCUCAAUUAACAACACGAUCCAAUUAUGGAAUACAGAAACUGCAUUAGGUGCAAAAGCGAGCACCUCUGACCAGGAUGAUACAGAGUCUGUAUAUUCAGAUCUUAGCGAAGAUCUACAAGGCACUCCGCUCAGAAUCAUUGUGCCUGGUUUCAACCAGUGCUCACUUUCGCUCGAUGGUUGGGUACAUUCUUCCGGCAAGCGUCUCUUCUGGGUGCCUCCAGACAAUCGACGGGGGCUAAAGUACCCGUACCGCCUGACAAUUCCAACCAGUGCUCCAUUCCGUGUGACAAAACUUGAUUUCACUAAUUUCCAAUGUGGCUCCUCUUGGACAAAGGUUCGAACAAAUGUCUAG